GUGUUCGCUGGACGGGGACGCGCGGCGCGCUCUGGCAAGUGGCUUUGCUGUUCUUGUCCUCAGGUACAAAGUGUAGCACCGCUCCCGGCGGGGGCGACACGCCCGUCGCGUGUGUCCGGAGGGAUGCGGCGGGCGCCACGGCCCCGACGACGCAAACGAAACGGCGCUGUCCCCGUGCCGUGCCGUGGCGUGACGAAGCAACUCUGUCUGUGUCGAGAUGCUCGUAAACGCGCGGCUCGGGUGCUGCGGUCACGUGUUUUCCUCCUCCUGGCUUCUCCACUCGACUCGUGUUACUCGGCCCGCGUGUCUCCCUCCGCAGGUCCAACAUGUAAAACCCUCGGCGAGUUCCGGGAAGCCCUGCCGGUUUCGCAGUGACCCGUGACGGGGGGGGGCGUGUCCCUGUUGAGCCUCUUUGUUUGUCUUCCCCGUUGCCAUAGAAACGCGCUCGGACCUGCCGCGUGGGCCGACACCGGAGCAGGUGGCCUCUUCUCUUCGCCGCUGGCUUCCUUCCGCCGCCCUCCCGGUCGCCUUUACCCUCAUCGUCCUGGUGUACGUUGGCUCCCGACCUGGCGGGCGUGCCAGCGCGUGUGUCCUUCGUGCGGGAGGAGGUGAGCGAUACGCGGAAACCCGGAGGAGCGCUGACCCCGGCGGCGUCGCCGGUUGGGACAUCAUGAACGUCACCAAGGGAGGCCUCGUCAUCUUCACCGCCAACUCCACGCCCUCGGGACGGGAGCUCGCCAGACGCAUCGCCGAGCGCCUUGGAGUGGAGCUGGGGAAGGUGCAGGUGUACCAGGAAGCAAACCGAGAGACGCGUGUGCAAAUCCAGGAGUCUGUGCGUGGCAAGGAUGUGUUCAUCAUCCAGACGGUGUCCAGCAAGCAGUGCAAGAUGCGCAAGAGGGGCUCCGUCGUCUCCAAGCUGCUGGCCUCCAUGAUGUGCAAAGCAGGCCUCACGCACCUCAUCGCCAUGGAUCUGCACCAGAAGGAGAUCCAGGGCUUCUUCGACGUCCCCGUGGACAAUCUGCGUGCCUCCCCGUUCCUUCUGCAGUACAUCCAGGAGGAGAUCCCCGAUUACAGGAACGCGGUGAUCGUCGCCAAAUCCCCAGCUUCGGCCAAGCGGGCGCAGUCCUUCGCCGAGAGGCUCCGGCUGGGCAUCGCCGUGAUCCACGGAGAGGCGCAGGAUGCCGAGUCGGACCUGGUGGACGGACGGCACUCGCCGCCUGCGCUCAAGAGCGUGGCUGCGAUCCACCCCGGCCUGGAGAUCCCCUUGCUCAUCCCGAAGGAGAAGCCCCCGAUCACCGUGGUGGGAGACGUGGGGGGCCGCAUCGCCAUCAUCGUGGAUGACAUCAUCGAUGACGUGGUCAGCUUUGUGGCGUCAGCAGAGACCCUGAAGGAGAGGGGCGCGUACAAGAUCUUCGUCAUGGCAACGCACGGCAUCCUGUCCUCGGACGCGCCGAGGCUCAUCGAGGAAUCGGCCAUUGAUGAGGUGGUGGUCACCAACACCGUCCCCCACGAGAUCCAGAAGCUGCGCUGCCCUAAGAUCAAGACGGUGGACAUCAGCAUGAUCCUGUCGGAGGCGAUUCGGCGAAUCCACAACGGCGAGUCCAUGUCCUACCUGUUCCGCAACAUCGGCGUCGACGACUGAGGGGUGGGGGAGCCGCCCCGGUGGACUCCUGCCUUUGGCGCCGGUGACCCUUGAGAGCAGUUGGAGUCGUGUUGGAGCGUCGCCGUCUGUUUGCUGGUGGGGGGUGGGGUCCGUACCCAGCGAGCGUCACUGUGCGUGUCUCGCACACUGUCCUCACUUCUGUUCUUUCCCAUCAGCCUUUGUACUCGCUGCCUCCUCCUGCAGUGCAAUGAGGCACUUCCUUACCACUCCCCCACCCCACCCUCCCGCCGUAGUUCGUUAUUAUAACACUUUGCUUGUAAUCAAGUGGGAAACAACUGCAUUUAUGCAGAUGUGAGCACCUGUACUGUUUAAUGUCAGGUGUGUGUGCGUGCGCGCACACGUGUCACUCGCAGGAAAGGUGCGCCUUCGCAGCAGUGAUAUUUGGGAACAAGAACGUUGGUUUGUUACAGUUUCUUGGAUGGUGUUAAAUAGGAUGUUUUACCGCUAGAAUCCACCUUCAACUCUGGGGACUUCUAACCGUAAACGCACUUCUGGAACCGGCAGAAUGCGGUUGACGGUCAAACGGGAGCUGUGUUACGCCGAACUGCAGACGUGCUCUUCUUUUAAGCGUGAGCUGAUAUCCCGUGGGGUUUGUUGCUUGCGGUCGACCAUGAGGUCAUGCUGUUCUUUAACCAAAGAUGAUGGCUUUAAAAAGAAAAAGAGAACCCACAAGCUGUGCAAUGGAAAUACAAGCUUUUGUACUAAUUUUUUUUUGCGCAGUUGAAGAAAUAAAGAAAAUUGAGCGUGACAGUGAGUUGCUUCCGCCUUCUCUCUACACUGCUGUGUAACCAGAGCCGUCACCCCCCACUACCAUGCAUUAUUUCU